CCAAACCAGAUUGCGUUUGCAAAAGAGUUGUGGUGUUCCGUUCUGUAAUUGGCUUCGUUUCUGUGAUUCUGUGUUUAAUUUCCGGUCUCCGUCGUAGAGAGCGAUGUCUUCCGAAACGGGGAUGGAGCCUCUCACGUCGGGGGCAAGCAACCGCAUAAUUCCGCUUAUGAAGGCUCUGCGGGCCUCGUUGAUCUUCGUCUACACGUUUUUCCUCUCCUUUCUCUUUUUCGUUCUCCCGCGCCGCCGCCGCCUCUCCUCCACGGCGGGGCCGCCAUCCUCGCCCAAGAAGCACUUGAGGCGCCGCUGGCUCGUGCGAGAGGAGGAGGACACGUGCCGGAGAAGAGCGCUCGCGCAGGACGUGGGAAUGGGUCGCGACGAAGGGUGGUGCCGUUGCAGCACUUCUAUCUUCUACGGCGUUAGAAAUAACGGCUUGUUUUGCCGCUCUUGGUUCCCCGUCUAUGGUGAUGUUAAGGGUAUUCUGAUCAUCAUUCACGGGCUUAAUGAACACAGUGGCAGAUAUGCAGAAUUUGCAAGGCAAUUAACCUCAUGCAACUUUGGUGUCUAUGCGAUGGACUGGAUUGGUCAUGGUGGUAGUGAUGGAUUACAUGGUUAUGUUCCUUCUCUUGAUCAUGUGGUUGCAGACACAGGUGCUUUCCUGGAAAAGAUUAGAUCAGAUAAUCCUGGGAUUCCAUGCUUUCUCUUUGGUCACUCCACUGGUGGGGCUGUGGUCUUGAAAGCGGCUUCUCAUCCUCAUAUUGAAGUAAUGGUGGAAGGAAUUAUACUAACCUCGCCAGCUUUACGUGUGAAGCCAGCUCAUCCAAUUGUUGGUGCUGUAGCUCCAAUUUUUUCUCUGGUAGCUCCAAGGUUCCAGUUUAAAGGAGCAAACAAAAGGGGCAUUCCAGUUUCGAGGGAUCCAGCAGCUUUGUUGGCCAAGUACUCUGAUCCUUUGGUCUACACAGGACCCAUAAGGGUCCGAACUGGCCAUGAAAUAUUGCGAAUAUCCUCUUACUUAACACGAAACUUCAACUCUGUGACAGUGCCAUUCUUUGUCCUGCACGGAACUGCUGAUAAGGUAACUGAUCCACUGGCCUCACAAGAUCUAUAUGAUAAGGCAGCUUCAAAGUUCAAAGACAUAAAGCUUUAUGAUGGCUUUUUACACGACCUUCUGUUUGAGCCAGAGCGUGAAGAGAUUGCUCAUGACAUUAUUAACUGGAUGCAAAAAAGAUUAUUCACUAUUUGAUUAAAAAAAAAUGUCAAUAAUGGGGGGGAUUAAUGGCAAAGGCAAGACACAAGGAGAAGAAAAGGGAUGCCAAGUUUGGUAAAGUGUAGAAAAUUGAAAUCGCCCCGGGCAAGGGGGAGGCGGAUGCAGAUAGGUAAUUCAUCUUGCAUUUUAGGAUUUAUAUAUUUAAACUGUGUGAAGAUCUUUGUUUUAUAUAAGAAACUUGUACAUUUAAUAGACUUGAGUUUUACUAGUGUUUUCUUCUCUCUUGAUCUACCAUUCUUUCAAUAUGUGUAAUGUCUGCUAUUUAAUUAUACAUGCUAUAUUUUAUA